UACUACUUAAUGACAGUAGAAAUCUAGUUUAUGUAUGAUUUUGGGCCUAAGCCCAAUUUCUAGAAAAUGAUUCAUACAACUACAUAUAUCUAGAUUUUUUAUUGUGAACAAGUCUUGAGAAUUAGACUAUUAGUCGGUCGUGACUUUAACAUUCCUUCGUUCCUUUCCUCUCCUCUCUCCCUUGGCCAUGGUAGCAAUGACUCUCUGCGCAUUUAGUUCAUCACUAUUUCACAGUCACAAUCUUCUUCUCUCCCGGCCACGGCGGCGGCGGCGAGUUCCAGUUGGCACCAGUAGAGAAGUCCAUAGCCAUCGACUCCUCUUUCUCUGCAAUAUAUCCCUUCCAUCUGCGCCACCCAAACCAUGGAAACCAAUGGAGGGCUUAGUUCAGUGCUCUGCAAAUCAUGUUCCUCUGUCUCCCAUUAGCUUCUUAGAGCGUUCUUCUAAGGCUUAUAAAGACCAAACCUCUCUUAUCUAUGGCUCUCUCCAAUACACUUGGGUCCAAACUUAUCAACGUUGUCUCAAGCUAGCUUCUGCUCUCACCCACUUGGGAAUUUCCCAUGGAGAUGUGGUGGCUACCUUCUCUUACAACUUACCAGAAAUAUACGAGCUUCACUUUGCAGUCCCAAUGGCCGGUGGGAUUCUCUGCACGCUCAAUGCUCGGCAAGACUCGACUAUGGUGUCAACCCUACUGGCACACUCGGAAGCCAAGGUCAUCUUUGUGGACCACCAGUUACAAGAAACGGCUCGAAGUGCACUUGAUCUUCUAUCCCAAAAAGAUGUAAAGCCUCCCACUUUGGUUUUACUCACUGAUUGUGAAAGCUUCACUUCAAACUCACACUAUCAUUAUGAUCAUCUGCUAGCCACCGGAAGUGAUGACUUUGAAAUAAGGCGGCCUAACAGUGAAUGGGAUCCCAUCAGCAUGAACUACACCUCAGGCACCACUGCACGCCCCAAAGCUGUCGUUUACAGCCACCGUGGGGCAUAUCUGAACUCCAUAGCCACAGUUUUGCUUCACGGGAUGGGGACAAGGUCUGUUUAUCUUUGGUCAGUGCCCAUGUUUCAUUGCAACGGCUGGUGUUUACCAUGGGGGGCUGCAGCUCAGGGCGCCACCAACAUAUGCAUACGAAAAGUCUCUCCCAAAGCCAUUUUUGAUAACAUACAUUUGCAUAAGGUCACACACCUUGGAGCUGCGCCAACUGUCUUGAACAUGCUUGUAAGCUCAUCAGAAGGCAACCUUCUCCUCCCGCUUCCCCACAAGGUGGAGAUCACGACAGGUGGUUCACCGCCACCGCCACCAAUUAUGGCGAGGAUGGAAGAGAUGGGGUUUCGAGUGAAUCACAUUUAUGGCCUCACGGAAACUUAUGGUCCUGCUACUAAUUGUGUAUGCAAACCUGAAUGGGAUGCACUGCAGCCAGAGGAACGGUAUGCCUUGAAAGCUCGUCAAGGAUUAAACCAUCUGGCGAUGGAGGAGAUGGACGUGAGAGACCCGGUGACCAUGGAAAGUGUUAGGGCCGAUGGUGCAACGAUUGGUGAGGUUAUGUUCAGAGGAAACACUGUGAUGAGUGGCUACUUUAAAGACUUGAAGGCGACCGAGGAGGCUUUCGAGGGAGGUUGGUUUCGUAGUGGGAAUCUUGGUGUGAAACAUGAGGAUGGUUAUAUUCAACUUAAGGAUCGAAAGAAGGAUGUGGUGAUAUCAGGAGGGGAGAAUGUGAGUACAAUUGAGGUUGAGACUGUGUUGUAUAGCCACGAAGCAGUGCUCGAGGCUGCUGUGGUGGCGCGCCCUGAUAAGCAUUGGGGGGAGACACCUUGUGCUUUUGUGACACUUAAGGAAGGAUUUGAUAAUGUCAGCACUGACCAAAUAAUCAAAUUUUGUAGGGAUCAUUUGCCUCAUUACAUGGCUCCUAAGACGGUAGUGUUUGAAGAUUUACCAAAAACUUCAACUGGUAAGAUACAAAAGUUUAUUUUGAGGGAAAAAGCAAAGGCCAUGGGCAGCCUAUCUUAAAAUACACUCUUGUUUACUUGUAUCUCAUUCGAUAUGCAUUCUAUACGAGAAUUACUAAAGGGCAUGCCCAACAAUACAAGUAGGUGACAUAUUGUUAUUGGUGCAAUCUAA